AUGGACAGUGUUCAUGCAAAUGAUACUCGAAGAGUUCAUGGUAUAAAUAAUGCAUCUAAUCAACUAUAUUCCAUUCAAUCAAAUACUGUGUUUGGGCAUUUCAAGAAGCCCAGAUUUUCUGAAGCAAUGACAAAUUCAAGGGUUUCCCUAACAAUCAACAGGUCAAAACUGGACAUUCCCUUCAAAUCAGAGUUGUGCAUUGCUAUCCGAAAGGGCAAAUGUUCUUAUGGUGACAAUUGUCAUUAUGCCCAUGGCAUUAAUGACAUUAGGAAUCCAACAAUGGAGGGCUUGAAAAUGGGUGAAUAUAGGGAGAGUUAUGCUAUAAGAACUGUGAAUUGGGCUGAUCAGAUUGAAUGCAAGAGUUUGAAUGCAGGUCAAGAGUAUCAGAGGCAGAAUUUUCGCAAGACGAGGCUCUGCAACAAGUGGGAGAAAUAUGGAAUCUGUUAUUAUGAGGUGAAUUGUCUCUAUGCUCAUGGACAAGAAGAACUGCGAAGGCCUGGCUCCCUUGUUGAGAAGGAACAUGCAUAUUCUUCCAAUGCAAAAAUUGUUGGACAAUCUAAUGAUUCGGGAAACAAGACUGCACAUGAGCUGACGCUACGAGGCAAAAGGUGCUUCAUGAAGUGGAAUGUUGAGAAGAUUGGUUGUAUCUAUGCUGAUUGGAUUGAAAGCUGA